AGUGUUAAUCUACAUCCCACAAAAGCUAUAGUAAAAUGGAUGCAGAAAGGCAAAUAAAAUAUCUAACACUUUAUUUUCUUGCAAUGGGGUCAUUGGUUUGUAACAAAAGCGGACAAACAUAUCUUCAUAUUCCAGGAGACUUUAUUCUGGGAGGGCUCUUCGCCGUUCAUUUUACAAAGGACGAUGGAUGUGAUAUAAAAAUCGACCCCCACAGCGGAAUUCAACUCUUAGAUACCACAAUAUUGGCGCUAUCGGAAGUCAAUGUUUACUUAAAACAGAAAGGGAUAACUCUAGGCUUAAUAGCACAUGACACUUGCUACAAUAUUAACCCGUCAUUAGAAUACUCGUUAGAAUUUGCUCAGCAAAGUUUCUUCACGAAACAUGAGGAGACAGUAUACAAUAACUGUACAACAGUGGCAUCCAGGCGGGUGAUAGGAGUGAUAGGUCCAGCUACAAGUAGAGAAACUCAAUACGUGGCUAGUCUACUCGCUCUCUUCAAAAUACCACAGAUAAGUGGCACAGCUACUUCUUCAGUCCUUAAUGAUCGACAAAAGUACAAGUAUUUCAAGAGAACAGUACCAUCAGACACGUACCAGGCCAAGGGGAUUGUUCAGCUUCUCAGAGCAAAUGGAUGGGUAUAUGUUAGCAUUCUCUACGAAGAUUCUAGCUAUGGCAAAUAUGGCUACCAUGAUAUUAAAAGAUUUGCACGACAAAACAAUAUAUGUAUUGGAUAUGAGAAGCAAACCUCGUCGGAUAUGACUGAUUACGAGAUCACCGAAGUUUUAACAGAUCUUAGAUCAAGAAAUAAUGCAAAAGAUCCUUUUAACACUUCAUUCCAUUUCGUUGAUGGUGUUGAAGGACCGCCUAGAUACAGUAUCCUACAGUACAUAAGAAAAGGCGACCAUUUCAAACGGACUGAAAUAGGAAAAUUUGUAGGAGAAGAACUGGUACUCGAUGCUGUCAAUUCGCAGGUGGCCUGUUCUGUAGAAUGCCUUCCUGGCUACAUUAAAAGGAUAACAGAUAUGUGUUGUUGGGACUGUACAUCCUGUCCUUCAGGAUCCAUCACUAAUUCAUCAGACCCGUACAUCUGUACACACUGUUCACACGGAUACACUCCAAAUGAAGACAGAAGUGAAUGCAUACAUAUUCCAGUAUCUUACUUUUCAUAUGGAAAUCCCUUUUCUGUUGCUAUUCUUGUAUUGUGUGUUUUGGGUUCUGUAAUAUGCAUUGUUGUUUCCGUAGUAUUCUUGCAAAAAAGAAAUACGCCUCUACUAAAAGCAACUGGUUUUGAAACCAGCAUGGUAAUGCUUGCUAGUAUUCUUAUGUCAUUCAUAUCUCCAUUUAUUUUACUGAGCUAUCCUACUUCUUUCUCUUGUGCAGUAUCUCGCUUAUUUAUCGGUAUGAGUUAUACUAUGGCCUAUUCUUCCCUCCUUUCUAAGCUUAUUGUUUAUAAGAGAGCGUUCGAUGUGAGAUCUGGUAUUAAACAACAAGCAGCAAAAGGACAUCACUUACCGAGACCUUACAUGUGUACAAUGAUGACGGCUUUGCUACUUUCCCUUGCACUAUCAGCUGUUCAGCUUCUUGCAAUCAUUUUCUGGUUGUUUAUAGAUACCCCAGAGCAGACGAUAUCGUAUGAUCUAAAGUCAGAUCCUCCCGUCGGUCACCGUACGUGUAAAGACUCUAACAACUUCAAUUAUUUCCUUCUUCUUUUCUGGCCCUUUCUGCUAAUGAUUGCAUGCCUUGUCCUUGCCAUUAAAACAAGAAAACUUCCUGAGGGUAUGAACGACUCACGUGAAAUCAUGUACUGCUCUUUCACUUCUUUCGUCAUCUGGUUAGCAUUCGUACCUCUGUAUGCUUUCUCUGCAACUAAUGCUGCACGAGUAAUCUCCCUUUGUGUUUCAUUGUUCAUUCAUGCCACCGUUUUCCUCAGUUGUCUUUAUUUGACAAAGAUCUACAUUGUGGUCUUCAGACCAGAGAAAAACAACAAAGAACGCGUGAUGAGAAGCACAGCUAACAGCCCUAGCAAGACACAUAACACGUGUAGCGGUACCCAUGAUAGCAAUGGUCUACAGAAGAAAAAAACAGAUGAUUCUCAUUCUUGCAAUUUCACGAUAGAAGUAUCUCAUAAUGAUGAGUUGGAAAAUGGACAAGGCACCAUUUUGUCAACAAAUAAAAUGUGUACGUCAUAUUUAAAAAACGAUAUAUUGGAUGCAGUAAAUGAAAUUGAUGACGUUGUCAAAUUUAGCGAAAACCCACUGUACAACUCUAAUGCCUAGAGUUUUGUAUUGGUAAAGCAUUGACGAAAACCGAGUUCCAACUCUUCUCACCCAUUUGUGUCAUCCAUCAGAGUCAUACAAAGACAAAAAGAGGAGUUAUUUGAGACUUUA